AUGGCGGACGAUGAGGAGAAUCGCAACGAACACUUAGCAUUUGUUAUACACACAUUUGAAGACAAGUUUGCGCAGCGUGAAAUCCUGUCGUUACCAGUCCAAUGUGCAAAUCACUGCAACGGCUGCGAGUGGAGUGGAGAACUGGGGAAGUUAGAGAAUCACGAGGCCCAGUGCCCCUAUGUUAAGAUCCAAUGCGUGCAUCCUUGUUGCGGAGCCUUGGUGCGGAGGGAUGACUUAUCUCGGCAUCUUGAGGAGGAUUGUAGCUUCAGAGAGCAGCAGUGUCAGUAUUGUCAUAUGAUGACUACAGUUGAUAGGCUUAAGGAACACCAUGAAAAGGAGUGCCAAGAAUACCCUACUGACUGUUUGCAUUGUAAAACUGAAAGCAUUCCACGAAAGCAGAUUUAUGCAAUAGGCAUCAAGGCGUAA